AUGGGUCUUCAAAGAAUAUCUAUGGGUCUUCGUACAGGGUGCAAGGAAGCUGUAGAGUUUUUGGAAAGAAUUUCAACAUUUGAAGGUAUUUGUCUCUUCAACAAGGUUUGUUUCAUCCGCAAUGGUUCUUUCUCUUUAACUAUCGGGUUGGGCGCGCUCAGUUACCCUUAUGCCAUUAAUAUCUACAAAUUUGCAUAUUUGUUGAGAAGAUAUUGGCCUGAGAAAGAGCAGGAUAACCUCCUCAACAACCCUGAUAUUUUAACAUCUCAAGUGGCAUAA